AUGCAUCUCCAUGGACACCUUAAAGAAUGCCUUUUAGAUUAUGGUCCAUUUCAUUCUUUCUGGUGUUUUAGUUUUGAGAGGUUUAAUGGCGUCUUGGGUUCUUUUCACACAAACAACCGCUCUGUCGAGAUUCAGUUGAUGCGUAAAUUUUUGUCGCAGACUAAAGUAAAGGACUUUAAAUACCCGGAGUUGUUUCAAGACACCUUUAUGGAAUUCUUUGAGAGAACACAUACUUCAGGAUCAGUGAAGGAUACACAAGAGCCAAUCAAGCAGUACCUCAGUCUCCAGCAACAUAGGGAUUUAUCAGUGAAAGACUUACAGUCAUGUGAUUGGACAGCAAAUGAGAAUAUUGUUGUAAUGUCAGCAAUGAAAGAUGAAGCAUUAGACAGUGAAGACGUGCAUGCACUGGGGCCAGUUUACAAGGAACUUCUUGGACUCAGUGAUACUAAUUCCCUUGAAAUGCCUCGUUCCAUAGCAGAGUUCAAGUCAGUUAAAGUGGGAUCUCUAUUGUAUGGAUCACAACAAAGUCAGACCAUCAGGAAUUCGUUUGUUUUGGCAAACUGGGCAGGGAGUGAAGGAACUCUAGCCAGCAACUCAGGAUCUGAUGAUGUCAGACCUGGACAAGUACUGUCGUUUUUUCGCCACUGCGUUAAAGUCAAAGCAGUGCAGCCUCAUUUGCCAGAUAAGCGAUACACCUUUUUCAUUGCAAGGGUCAAUUGGUAUUCACUGCAUCCACAGCGUUAUUCAUAUGGAGUCCCUGUGGAAAUAUGGUGCAACUCAUUUGAUGUGUUUGGACCAGCCUGUUUUAUUCCUGUGCAAAGA